AUGCAUCUCUGUUCGAGCAUUAUUCUCUCUCUACCUCUCCUACCGUGUCUGGCCAGCGCCGCAUCCUUGACAGUGUCUAGGCCAGAUCGGGUCGUGAAGCGUGCUCCAACCUGUACACCAAACUCAGCAAAUGACCCCGCCAUUGAUGAUGUCCCUGCUAUCCUCGAAGCCAUCCAGGAAUGUGGCGAUGGGGGCGUAAUCGUGAUACCCAGGGACAGCGAAUAUACCAUGGCCUCACGAAUCGUAUUCGACGGGUGCGUCGGUUGCGACUUCCAACUCGAGGGCACACUCACGGCAUCUGAAGAUCUGAGCUAUUGGAAUACGACACGCGAAAUGAUCCUGUUCGACAAGGUUACGGGAGGGAAAUUUAGGAGUCUGACUGGGAAGGGGGUCAUUGAUGGGCGAGGCCAGGUCUCGUACGACUGGUUCGGCGAGCACGGUAAUAUUAAGCGGCCUGUCAUGUUUUCGAUCGGGGGCUCGAGUGACAUCACGGUCUCAGGGAUCAAGAUGGUGAAUCCGCAUGUCGCUUUUGUGUAUGUGGGACAUGGAUCGGAGCGCAUCGAUAUCUCGGACUUGGAUAUGUCGGCCGUGAGCGAGAGCGAGCAUGGACCUAGGAAUACCGAUGGGUUCGACAUCGCCGAGGCGUCGCAUGUCAGCCUUGCGAACAUUAAAGUCGUGAAUCAAGACGACUGUGUGGCCUUCAAACCAGGCUGCGACUACGUGUCUGUCCAGAAUAUCGAGUGCGAUGGGUCGCAUGGCCUCUCCGUCGGAUCCCUCGCAAAGUAUUCCGGCAGCGUGGAUUCCGUGACGAAUGUCUGGGUCAAGGGGGCGAGGAUGAUCAACUCGUCCAAGGCGAUUGGUAUCAAGAUAUAUCCCGGCGGACCAAAUUAUGGAACGGCUCUUGUUCGCAAUAUGACGUGGGAGGACAUCUACAUCGAGAACUGCGAUGCUGCAUUCCAGUCCGAGGCCUGCUACGAGCCUCCAAACAAGGACAGGUCCUACUGCGAGGCGAAUCCCAGUUUAUCGGAGAUCACCGAUGUGUUCGUGCGCAAUCUUACUGGGACCGUCAACGACCGCUAUGGAGGAACUACGGGCUAUGUGUACUGCCCAGUGGAAGGGGCGAAUUGUCAGAUUCAUAUCGAGGACUUCGAAGUCACUUCAGCCGUCAGCCCGUCGGAAUUUCUGUGUGACAAGAUUGCCCCGGAUGUCCUCGGUAUUGAUUGCGUACCGACCGACCCUUAUUAG